AAAAAAAAAUUCAAAAAUUCCAUUUUAUAUAAAAUUAAAAAAAAAAAAGAAAACAACAAAGAAUUCAUUUUUUGUUUUUAUAUAAGAAUUUUUUUUUCUGAAAAAUGAUGAAAAGACGUUGGUCAAAUAACGGUGGUUUUACAUUACGUAUGUUUGAGGAAUCAUCAUCAGAAGUAACAUCAUCAUCAACAUUAAUGCCAUCAGCAAUGACAAUGUCACCGGCAUCAUUAGGUGGUUCACCAGAAUAUAAUGGACAAGAUUUAUGGUUAUAUGAUGAUACACAAUAUACAAAUCAUCAACAUAGUGUUAUAACAUCAGUUAAUGGUUGUACACAAAUACCAUCACAAACAACAAUAAUACCAUUACCAUCAAUGCAAACAAAUUUAAAUCAUGAUAUUAAAUAUCAGCAAAGAAGUAAUUCAGCUAAUUCAAUAUCAUCAGGUAUGUUUUUCUAUGUUCUUCAUGAUUUUGAGCAUUUAAUUUGUGUGUGUUUUUUUAUUAUGCUGGUGCAAAAUAAGUUUUUAAUCUUAAGAUGAAAUCUUUACGGUACUUUAAUUUUAACAAAGCGUUAAGUAACUAAAUUGUGUAUGUAAGUUAUUAUUAUUAUGUGUAUUUAUUUUUGUAAUUACAUCAUACAUUGUAAGAGUAUGUUGAAAUGUAAUUGUGUACAUAUGUGUUUGCAUAUUUGC